AUGUCGUUGUGCGAGCAGAGAGAGCGGCUCCGGCGGGAAGUGGACGAGUUGGAACAACAAUUAAGCGCCAGCAAUAUUGAAAUGCUAGAAAUCAGCAGUGAUGACUCAGACGGCGAUUCCAGCGUGGACACGGGCCAGGAGACGGGCGAGUUGACCGCCGGUUUGCUGGCCAAGAGGGAAGAGAUCCAGAUGGACAUCCAGAAGCUGGAAAACCUCCUGGGACCGAUCGUAGUGUCUGAUGAUGACAGCAGUGACAGCAGCGGAGAAAGUGAGCUGGGUUUGACCACGACAGUGGAGUCAUGUCUCCAGAUGAACUUGGUGUACCAGCAAAUCCUUGAAGAAAAGCUGAAGCAGCUGGAGACUUUUCUGGCGCACAACCAGCGACAGCAGAGGGAGGUCCAGUUCCAUUUGUCCGGGUCAGGCAGGGAACCCCUGAAAGAGGAUCCCUCUGCCUCUGCCUCAUCAGCGAUCCCCAAGCGGGCUUCUUUGUUCCUAGGUCACUUUUUGAAGCCGUACUUCAAGGACAAAGUCAGCGGCCUGGGCCCACCGCCCAAUCAGGACACCAAAGAGAAGAUGUUGAGGAUGAAGGGUUGCUUAGACAGCAGCAAGAUGAAGGUCAAGCGAUGGAAAAGCUGGCAGAAGACCCUGUUGAUUCACUCAGUCAACACAGACUGUUUGAAGAAGCUCGUUCAGCCCAAACUCUCCAGGAUGGACUACCUGAGUCAGAAGUUGUCUUCGUCAGACAAGUCGGAAGAGGAGAAGCAGCAGCUCAAAAUGCACCUGGAAAAUCUGGAAAAAGACAUUGAAGGAUUCAAAGUGAAGAAGGAGGAUGAGCUGGUUGGAGGUCGCGACGAAGAGCACGACUGGCACAAGAUCGCCAAGAUCGAUUUCGAAGGCACGCGUGAGGCAGAUGACCUUCGGCUCUUCUGGCAGAACUUUCUUCACCCGGCCGUCAACAAGAAUCUCUGGAGCGCCGACGAGGUGGAGCGGCUCAAGGAGAUAAGCGAGAGAAACAAGGAGAGCAACUGGGAACUCGUCGCUCAGGAACUAGGGACGGGUCGCACCGCCUUCAUGUGCCUGCAGACGUUUCAGAGGUUCAUCUCUACCUCUCUGAAGCGUGGGCCCUGGACUGCCGCCGAAGACCGCAAGUUCAUACAGAUGGUUGAAAAGAUGAGGAUCGGGAACUUCAUACCUUACACGCAGAUCAGCUACUUCAUGGAAGGUAGAGACACGCCACAGCUCAUCCACAGAUGGACUUGUAUUUUAGACCCCCGGCUGAAGAAAGGAACCUGGUCCAAAGAAGAGGACCAGCUGCUGCUGAAUGCGGUAGCACGCCAUGGAGAGAAAAACUGGUGGAAGAUUCGCUUGGAGGUCCCAGGACGCACCGACGGAUCCUGCAGGGAUCGGUAUUUGGAUUGCCUGAAGAAAGGAAACAAGAAAGGAGCCUUUGACCGGCACGAGCGCCAGCUCCUUGUCCGACUAAUUGAAAAACACGGCGAAGGUCACUGGGCAAAGAUCGCGGCGGAAAUUCCCAACCGUAGUGACGCCCACUGUCUACGGGAGUGGAAAAAAAUGAUGCGACACACAAAUGAAAGAAGAAGAGCAGCACCAGAGACUGCCAAGAAGUCCAAGAUGAGGGCGCGCGUCAGGAAGCGUCUGCGGCAAGUUCAGGAGGAUGAGGAGGACAGCUGUCUGGAAGAGGAUGAGGAUGAGCAUGUUCACUACAUGGACACGGAUGAGGAGAACGAAGAGGAUGAGGAGGACCAGGAAGAGGAAGAAGGGCCGGUAGACAAGAAAGAGGCGCACUUUCCCAUCCCACCCGCUCACCAGUGGAUCCCGUUGGAAGAAAGUCCAAAGUCAGCUUUGCCAGAGAUCAAGCUGGUGACGCUAGAUCCCGGCGGCGGGCAGUCGGAAGCAGCGGCCGUGCGCUCCACGGUGGCGAUAAAGUCAGGGAGCUCGACGACAGUGGGCCCGCCGCCCCGAGAGCUGAAGCGGGAGGAGAGGUACGUGGGCAGCACCGCGCUAAUGAUAUCAGAGGAGCAGCUGCGAUUGUACCUGGGACGCCAGGCAUGUAAGUGCAACAAGCGUCGGUCCCUCCCAAAGAAGGGCCACGUGACUGACAUGGCCUUGGACUGGCGGCUGCAGGCCGCCGUUUUACCAUGGGUGGGGAACGUGCUGACUCCUUACGCGGCACCCAGCACGGCGUCCACACUAGCUGACGCCCUAGGGCGCGAGACGGCCGUCAGCUCAACCCCCAUCUUUAAGCUCCUCCUCCGUGCCAUGGGGGUGGACAUCUCGGGCUGCAAGGACGUCAUCCUUGGGCGGGGCCAGGAGAAAGUGACCAGGGGCCAGUUGCCGCCAACGCCGCCGCCGGGGAAAACCACCCGGCCUCCCCAGAGGACCCCCGCUUAUCUAAAGAACCCUGCCUCGGUGGCAGCUAUUUUGCACGCCAACCGCACGCGCCUCCAACACGGCACUCCUUUGGUCUGCCUCAAGACCAUGCCACCAGCUCCAGCUCUGCCUCCUCUUCCAGUCCAGCCACAGAUGUCACGCGGCCAGCGGCAAAUCCUCCCCCGCGGCACCCCUCUUUCUCCUGCCGUCUGCCUGCUGACCGCACCUCCUUCACCGAGCGGGCCUUCUCAAGCGCUGCCUGCUGUUCCGUUUCAGUCACAGACGUCACAACAUCUCUGGCGACUGGUUCCCGCGACUCCCUUUACCGCUCCUCCCGUCUGCCUGAUGACAAGGCCCCCUGUUUUGACUGGGCCGGCUGGGGCUCAGCCUUCGCUUCCGGUACCAUUGCAGAUCCUCCCUCCCGCGCCUCCCGCUCAUCCUCCUGUCCGCAUGGUGACCACUCCCCCUGUUUCUGUCAGCCUUGUGGCUCCGCCUCCGCCCUCGGUCACUGUCGAGCACGGCCCCGAAGUGCCACCCGCGGGGAAGAAGCGGGCACGGGAGGAAGAUCUCCCCGAUCAAGGGAAGCGAAAGAGAAAGUUGACUGAGAAGGCCCUCCAAUCACAGGCAUCGUCUAAUAAGAGGAAGCCACGAGCCCGAUGUGGGAGCGGGGCCAAACAGAGUGGAGCCACACCGGCGCCGGCUCCACCGGCAAAGCCUCCGGUGCAGAACGUGGUCUUCAGGCUCCUCCCCUUGGCCAGCGCCCCCUCCCCCGCACUCCCACACGACAUCGACCCCUCCCUGGUGUCUCUGGGCUCGACGACGGAAUUCGGGAAUUGGCUGCGUGGGCUGGGAGGCACGGCCUCCCCCCAAACGGGCACAUCGCUACCCUACCUGCCGCCCUGCUGCGCCAACCUAAAGGCCCUGGCCGCUAUCUUCCGCGACACCAGACGGCUAUCGAGCGCCCGCAAACUUGUACGCAAAGACACCCCGCCUGACCAAACGGUGCACACGCUGCGCACGUUGGUGAAGAACCGUUUGGCUUCCGAUCCGGUCUUCUUGCUGUUGAAGGCUCGAUUUGUGUCGGCAUUCACCCUCCCCGCCUUGGCCGCCGCCAUACCCACCUUCGCCGCCGAGCAGAAGAAAGAAAAGACCGGUCAGGACACGGUGAGGACACUCAUAGCGCCUCCCGCCCAGUUGGCGUGCGACAACUCGGGAGCGCCGGCAGAUCACUUCCCGGGAAUGGGCGUCGACAGCCCCGCCCUCAGCCCCCGCAGGACCGUCAGCGGCACAUGA